AUCAUCAGCAUACUGACAAAUGGUCUGAUCUCCUGAGUCGUCGAGAAUGGUUCUCCAAUGACGUCGGGCAAGGCUGUCAAAAUUUCACCCCUGAAAUCCCCGAAGAUGAUUGAUGCCUUGAGGCCUUAGGCACUAAGUCUAAGCGAAGCACAUCAUCCGCUAUCGCAGCAUGGGCGUCUGUCACAGCUCGGCGAUUUGAACAAGCUCUUUUUCAAGGUAUGCUCAAUUGCACUCCUCUAUCUUUCCAGACAGGCAUAACUAGAAGAGGACUUUAUUACCCUAUUGAAUUCGAGCCAUUGAUCCUAUUCACGAAACGAGGCAUUGAGGGAGGGAUUGUGAGAGGAGGGGUAAUUCGAAAUGGCGGACGCAGCUGCUGAAAUGGAGGAGGGAGGAAUGGUGAGGACGUUGAAGGAUCUUUUUGCUGGAGCUGCUGGUGGCAUUGCUCAGGUACUUCUGGGCCAACCCUUUGAUAUUGUCAAAGUGCGUCUCCAAACCACAACCCAGUACCCCAAUGCUCUCGUCGCUGCCCAACAAAUCUAUGCCAAAGAAGGUCCCCUUGCCUUCUACAAGGGGACUCUCACCCCUCUCAUCGGUAUUGGAGCUUGUGUCUCUGUCCAGUUCGGUGCUUUCCAUGAAGCUCGCCGCCGUCUUGAAGCCUACAACCUCUCCAAAGAUCCCUCAUCUCCAGGUCUCUCUUACGGACAGUACUACUGUGCUGGAGCUUUUGCCGGAAUCGCCAACUCCGUGAUCUCAGGUCCAAUUGAGCAUGUAAGAAUCAGAUUACAAACACAACCACAUGGCGCCGCCAGACUGUAUUCUGGUCCAUUGGACUGUGUACGCAAACUUUCUGCUCACGAAGGUGUUCUUAAAGGAUUAUACCGUGGAGAAGCAGUUACUAUCUUGCGUGAAGCACAAGCAUACGGAGUUUGGUUCCUUGCAUUCGAAUACAUGAUGAACGCAGAUGCAUUACGGAACAAGAUCGAUAGAAAAGAAAUCCCCAGUUACAAGAUUGCUUUCUAUGGUGGAUUGGCGGGAGAAGCACUAUGGUUGGCGAGUUAUCCGUUUGAUGUUGUGAAGAGCAAGAUGCAGAGCGAUGGGUUUGGAGAGAACCAAAAGUUCAAGGGAAUGAACGACUGCUUUAGGAAGACAUUCAAGGCAGAAGGUCUCAGAGGGUUCUGGAAGGGUCUUGCACCGACAUUGUUGAGGGCUAUGCCAGUGAGUGCGGGAACGUUUGCAGUGGUUGAGAUGACCAUGAGAGCGAUAUCUUGAUACGGCGACAAGUGCGUAGGAUGAAAAUAGACGAUACUUUCGCGAGAUUCAACACGAAUGGAUGGAGUACACACAGGAGCAUCUUGAUUUGAUAGGUGGAGCUAGCCUGUCAGACGUCUUUAGAAACCGAAUAAAUGUGCCAGAAAAGGCCAAUAUUGAAUUAAAUGUUCUUCUGUUAAGCAUCCUUUGUGGCCUUCUAGGAACAAUGAAUAAACUGUUUUGAUCAGCAGUAGGGAAGUUUUGUUAUUUCAUUUCAGGAAGACUAAGACACCAGUUUUAGGUUUCGCAAAAUCUUCUGUCCAAUAGAACAUCGCGCAAAUUCUGUCAUGUAGUGAUGGAACUUUUGUUGCACGUCGCUCCAAGUAGGUGAGCGAAUGAGACCA